AUGGCUGCAAACAACGCUGUUGCUGAAGAAAUGGACCGACGUCUGAGGGCUAUUGAAGAUCUUGCAUUAGCACUUGGACAACAAAACGCCCAUCAGGCUAAUGCCGAGAAUACCAUUUUUAAGAGAGUGGCAUCUCAUCAUCCACCCACUUACAAAGGGACUAUCGAUCCAGUUGCUCUUGAAAAUUGGAUUCGCGACAUGGAAAAGCUGUAUGAAGUGACAAAUUGUCCCGAGAACAUGAAGAUUAGCAUUGGCUCAUUUUAUCUGAAAGAGGAGGCGGAUAGUUGGUGGUCCACGGUGAAGACGGGCUACAUAGCUGAAGAAGGAUUUAACUGGGAGAUUUUCAAGGAACGAGUCCGCAAUAGAUUCUACCCCGACGCAAUUAAGUGGCAGAAACAGGAAGAGUUUGCAAGGUUCAGGAUGGCAGGAAAGAUGACAGUGCAGGAGUACACUGACAAGUUCAUUGAGCUCUCGCGUUUUGCUUCAAAUCUUAUUCCUACGGAGAGGGACAAGGCACGUAAGUAUGAAAAAGGGUUGACAUUCAAAAUUCAGAAGUCCUUGGGAGGGGAAAUAACUGGAGUGACAAACAACCACAGGAACAAGAGAAAGCAAUUUGGAACAAAACCAUACUCUUGUAAAGUAUGCGGCAAGCAGGCACACCCUGGGAAGAGGUGCAAUGGAGAACUUAUAACUUUUUUUCAGUGUGGUGGCAAGGGGCACAAGGCUCACCAGUGUACUGCCAGGGGAUUCAAUCAGCAAUCAGGCUCUCAAGGAGGACAACCAAAACCAGAUGGAGGACGAAAUGGGAACAACAACCAAGGGGGUAGGAACAAUGACAAUCAGCCCCGCUACCAGCAGAACUUUCAAAAAUGGAAUUGGAGGAAAUCGGCAAUAUGCCACUAUUGGAAAUCCCAACAAUGGAGCUAUAGCAGAUCGAGCGACAG